AUGUCGUCGUACCUGAAAAUAUACAACAGCACAACUGACCUUGAAGAUCAUGUGACCCACUACGUCACCGUAGUAAAAGGCGACGACCUUGCCAAAGAGCAGAUAUCCUCAAUCUUACUAAAGAAGUUCGGCGAAACCCUCACAGGGGGCGGGUUGACUUGGUAUUCACAGCUGUCCGCACGCUCAAUUGAAACAUUAGAAGAAAUGGCCGACAAGUUCGUUACAGCCCAUGCCGGAGCAAAAAAGGAGGAGGCAAGGGUAAAUGACAUAGUUGCCAUCAAACAAUCACCUGGAGAGGGACAAAGUGACUUCCUUGCUCGAUUUGACCGAGUAAGAAUGACCCUACCAAACGUAUCAGAAGGAAUGGUCGUGGCAGCCUUUCAAAACAGGCUGAACAGAAGUGGUUCGAGGGCGACCAGAAAGCUGCUAAGCCGCCUCAUGAAGUAUUCCCCGACCACUUGGGAUGAAAUACACAAUGCCUAUUGCGCCGAAGUGCGAGCCGACGAAGAUGACCUGAAUAGUCCAACACAACGGUUAACUUUCGUACAAGCCGAGUCCAAAAAGGACUGGAGAAAUGACAACAGAAGAGAUCCGGCAGGACCACGGGCUGAUGUACAUCAGAGGCACCCUCAUGCCACCCUCUCGCCAUGA